AUCACGCAACUUAAACACGUAACAAUGGAAAGGCUUAGCGUAUGCUUGGUGUUAUUUCUCUGCCUCCUUGCUACCGCAACUGCCCAACAGUGCGGCAGGCAAGCCGGUGGCAAAACAUGUACAAACAACCUUUGCUGUAGCCAGCAUGGUUACUGUGGGACAACUGAUGACUAUUGCUUACUUUCCAACAACUGUCAGAGCAAUUGUAAGUCUGGCAGCGGCAGCGGCAGCGGUGGUGGUCAGAGCGCCUCUAAUGUCAGAGCAACGUACCACUUCUACAAACCUGAGCAGAAUGGCUGGAACUUGAACGCCGUGAGCGCGUAUUGCUCGACGUGGGAUGCCAACAAGCCGUUGGCAUGGCGGAGCAAAUAUGGCUGGACAGCGUUUUGUGGACCUGUUGGGCCUCGUGGACAAGACUCCUGUGGCAAGUGCUUAAAGGUGACGAACAGUGGGACAGGAGCUCAAAUAACAGUGAGAAUCGUAGAUCAAUGCAGCAAUGGAGGUCUUGAUCUGGACGAAGGCGUGUUCCGAAAAAUAGACACGGAUGGAAAAGGCUAUGCCCAGGGCCACCUUACUGUCAGCUACCAGUUUGUCAACUGCGGUGAUUGAAGCACUAGCUGCUGGCUAUCCUACUCGAUCCCAUGCAUGCAUGAUGUACAACUAGGACAAUAAAUAUCUAAUAAUCAAACAUACUUUUUGAUUAUAGAUAAAUAAAGAGAAAGAUAAAUGAUGUGCAUCAUUAAUAAUUGAUUAAAUCUAAUAAAAUAUAACCAAAUUUAGGGUUGGUUAUUAAAUA